AGGAAAAGCCGCACGCAUCGCUGCAGUUCAGACGCUCGAGGAGCGAAACCUCUGCGUGUUUCUGCGCCACCACAAAGAAGAUUUACCGCCACACUCCCGCAUGGAUUACCGAGCUGCCGCCGCCGGAACUCGCCUCAGAUAAGUAGGAAAUAACUCAACCUGUCCGUUUGAACCGAUUCCAGAUCAGCGCCGAGAGCGGCACAUCACCAAAGUACAGCUCACAGGUUUGACACAGCCGACUGAGACUUUGGGGCUGUUGAUAAUAUUCCUUACAGGUGUAGCUCCUGUAGAGGCGACAAGUUUUAUCUCCGGUGUGUAUGAAUCGUGAUGUGGGAAUAAACAGCAUUAUUGUUGGAUGCAAAAGCCCAGAGCCACGCGCACUUUGGGAACUAAUCUGAAUGUAAAGCAGUAGGAUGUAGUUGUGUCGGAGCAGAGGGGAGGAUCUGGACCCGCAGCAUGAACUUAGUGAACCACCUCUGCUUACUUUCUGUGCCAUAAAGACACAUGAAGCCAUGGGUUGAAAGCGACCAUGAUAGACUGCGGGGAUACUCAACGUGGGAGGGAGCAGAAUUUUCUGUGUUAUGUAAUGAUUGACAGUGUCUGAUAAUUAGUGGGAGAUCUCACACAGCAUCACCCCCCCAUCACCCCUAUCCCCCCUUCCCCUGAAUGUCGAGGAAGCUAAAGAGUGUUAGUGUAUGUGAGGUGUUUUUAAUGAACUACAAGCUGCUCUUGCAGUUAAUGAGCAGGAUGUCACAGGUCAGUGGAUAAUUUAAUAUUCUGCUUAUUCCUCUGUUUGUUGUUUUGCUCAUGGAGCCAUUAAAGAGAGUUUAUUACUGAUCUUUGAUCAGCCUCAUUUAGACAAGACUUACCUCUGCCCCCCCUCCAUCCAGUCAGUCUGUUUUAAUAUGCUUUAUGAGUUAAUAUUCAUCAUCAUGGCCCAAACUAUCGACUCGCUUCAUGCUGAUUCGGCAUGCUCUUUCAAAAUGACUGUGACUUCAGGAGAAGAGACAAUCAGCAGCUUCAUUUUGAACUUUUAUUCUCGGCCCUGUGAUAUUUUUAACAGCCACUAAGAUGCUAUAAUGCUCGUUUUCACCCUCAGAUUUGGGGAUAUGUAGUCAUCCUGCGAUCUCAACCUUUUAAUCUCUGUGACUUCCUGUUUCUGAGCAUCUGAAGCCAUUGGUUAAUCUUCACUAGAGCCUUCCUCGGUCCCUCCCUCCCCCCCACUCAUCAGGGCUGGUGGGGGGGGUGGAUCUCGGCCCCACGGGGUCGAAACUGUGGCGGUGGCUGGCGGUGGUCAUACCCCCAGAGGCAGGGCUCCCGCCAUGGAGACCAGCCCAGAGAGCCCAAACCGGGCCGUGGAGUACCUCCUGGAGCUCAACAACAUCAUCGAGAGCCAGGCCAAGCUCCUGGAGACCCAGCGGCGGCGCAUCGAGGAGCUGGAGGGCCAGCUGGACCGGGUCAGCCAAGAGAACCAGGACCUGAGGCAGGACCGCAGCCCACGGACGCCUGGUUCGGACACUCCCGAGCAGAACCACAACCACAGCCAGCCUCUGUCCCUCCCCAUCCAUCAUGCCAGUGUCAGUGGCGUCAGUGGUGGUGGCAGUGGGAAUGGUAGCACUGCAACGGCUCAGGCAACAGCUGCAUCAACCUCAACUCCAGGACCCAGCAGGGAGAGGAGGGGCCACACCAGGCUGACCCGAGGUCUCUCCUGCGGCUCCUCCACCACCGAGCGAGACCGGCUUGAGCGCACCGACAGCACAGACACCAACGCCAGCUCCACCCUACGGAGAAAUGUGGAGGGGGAUUCCCAGUGUCCAGAGACGGGCACCCACAAAGACAGCUCAUUCAGCCAGACGCCUUACCUGCGCGGCUCGGAGCGCUAUACUGACAGCAGCACCAGCAGCGCGCCGUCUGGAUCCAGGGACCCUUCGUGCGUGUCGGCCUCCAGUUCAGCCAGCUUGGCCUGGGCACUACGAACGCGCCACCAACCUGCAAGUCUGGCCCUCCGCAAGCAAGAGGAAGAAGAGAAUAAGAGAUGCAAGGCGCUUUCAGACAGCUAUGAACUCUCGACGGAUCUGCAGGAUAAGAAGGUUGAGAUGCUGGAGAGAAAGUAUGGCGGCUCCUUUGUAAGUCGCAGAGCAGCUAGGACCAUUCAGACGGCCUUCAGACAGUAUCGCAUGAACAAGAACUUUGAGCGCCUCAGAAGCUCUGCGUCGGAGAGCCGCAUGACACGCCGCAUCAUCCUGUCCAACAUGAGACUGCAGUAUUCCUUUGAUGAGCGACAGCCUCAGCAGCAAGCCCAGACACAGACCAACUUCACCCACAGUGUUGCCAUAGGGCCUCCACAUUCCCCUGACCCAGACCGCACAGGAGACUACACCCACUUAGAGGACUCCUUCUCCAAACAGGUCAAGUCCUUAGCUGACUCCAUCGAUGAUGCCCUUACCUGCCGCGCGGGUCGCAAUGACUCCCAAGAGGGCAGCAGGGAGGGUGGAGGUAUUAGUGAAGACUUUGGAGAGUGUGUGUGGAGCAGCAGCAGCAACCCCUCCUCCCAAAGAGGUUUAGGAGAACGAGCCAGGGGUGCUGGAGGAGGACUCAGUAUGCACGGCGACAGCACCGCCACCUCGUACAGCGACGUCACCCUUUACAUGGAUGAUGGCAUGCCGUCAUCCCCGCUGUCCCUUGAUCGGGCACCCAGCAGCACAGAUACGGAGUACUGGGGCCCCGGUGGUGGUGUCGGAGGACGUGAGGACAGCAGGGACACUGAGGGAGGGGGCAGCAGUAACAGUCGACGCAGUACCCCGUGUACGGAGUGCAGGGACUAUCGUCUAAGGGGCGCACAUCUGCCUCUCCUCACUAUUGAGCCACCCAGUGACAGUUCGGUGGACAUGAGUGACCGCUCAGAUCGUGGCUCUCUGAGCAGGCAGCUGGUCUAUGAGCAGGAGCCCGGUGUAGGGGCUGGCUCCCCUCAGGGAACCCUCAAACACUCCCCCAACACGGGCACCCGCCCUACCUCCACAGCAGCCGCCCAAGGUCAGACUCGAGCCCCUGGCAGACCCAUACCCACACACAUCCCUCACCAGGUGGCUGCACACCACCACCAUCACCACCACCCUAUCCACCACCAUCAAUACCCCGACACACCUUCAUCCUCCUCCUCCCCUCAGCAGCCCCCCACCACCCCUCUGUCCUCCUCCUCCUCUACAGCUCUGCCCCCUGGUGGUCUGGAGCAGCCGUGCUGCUCAGAUGGAGACAACGACUCACUCAACUCCACCACCAACUCCAACGAGACAGUCAACUGCAGCUCCGGCUCCUCGUCUCAGGACAGCCUGCGAGAACCUCUGCCACCUCUGGGAAAGCAGACGUACCAGAGAGAAAGCCGCCACAGCUGGGACUCCCCGCCAUUCAACAGCGAUGUGGUGCAGAGACGCCAGUAUCGUAUAGGCCUCAACCUCUUCAACAAGAAGCCAGAGAAAGGGAUCCAGUACCUGAUAGAGAGAGGCUUCGUGUCGGACACUCCAGUUGGCAUCGCUCGCUUCAUCCUGGAGAGGAAAGGCCUCAGCCGGCAGAUGAUUGGAGAGUUUCUGGGAAACCGGCAGAAACAAUUCAACAAAGAUGUUUUAGACUGUGUGGUGGAUGAAAUGGACUUCUCAGGAAUGGAUUUGGAUGACGCCCUCAGGAAGUUCCAGGCUCAGAUUAAAGUUCAAGGAGAAGCCCAAAAAGUGGAGCGACUCAUAGAGGCCUUUAGUCAGAGAUACUGUGUGUGUAAUCCAACGCUGGUUCGGCAGUUCCAGAACCCGGACACCAUCUUCAUCUUGGCUUUUGCCAUCAUCCUCCUCAACACAGAUAUGUACAGUCCCAACGUCAAAGCUGAGAGGAAGAUGAAACUGGAGGAUUUCAUCAAGAAUUUGAGAGGCGUAGACAAUGGCCAGGAUAUCCCCAGGGACCUGCUGGUUGGGAUCUACCAGCGGAUACAGAAAUGGGAGCUACGGACCAACGAUGACCACGUGUCCCAAGUGCAGGCAGUGGAGAGAGUCAUUGUGGGCAAGAAGCCUGUGCUGUCCCUUCCCCAUCGUAGGCUGGUGUGUUGCUGCCAGCUCUACGAGGUCCCCGACCCCAACAGACCUCAGAGGACCGGAGUUCACCAACGAGAGGUCUUCCUCUUUAAUGACCUUCUGGUGGUGACCAAAAUCUUCCAGAAGAAGAAAACCUCAGUGACUUAUAGUUUCAGACAAUCUUUCCCUUUGGUUGAGAUGCAAGUGCACAUGUUCCAGAACUCAUACUACCCUCAUGGCAUCCGCCUGACCUCAGCAGUCCUGGGUGGGGAGAGGAAGGUUCUUAUCGUUUUUAUGGCACCCAGUCAGCAAGACCGCACCCGCUUUGUUAGCGACCUCAGGGAGAGCAUUGCUGAAGUGCAAGAGAUGGAGAAGUACAGAGUGGAAUCCGAGUUGGAGAAACAGAAAGGUGUGAUGCGGCCCAGCUUGCUCACUGGAGGUGUGGUUGGAGGCGUAGGUGUGAAGAGCGAUGUUGUGAAUGGCACCCUGGGAAGGACAAGUUUUGAUGACAACUGCUCGGUGGGUGAGGGUCUCAAACGCACGGCGCUCAGCUCAUCUCUCAGGGACCUAUCGGACGCAGGGAAACGUGGUCGCAGGAACAGUGUUGGUUCUCUGGACAGUACCAUGGAAGGCUCCAUCAUUAGCAGCCCACAGCCUCACCAGCGCUACCCAAUGCCAGGCGUGUUGCCUGGCUGCUAUGGAACAGAAGACUUCCGGCCUCAUCGCCCCAUCCUGAGCCCCGGAUCGGGGGUGGGGGGUGGGCCGGGGCAGCAACAUACCACUGCUGGGACCGGAGUUGGGGGAGUCUCCAGCAGUGUAGAGAGAGCAGGAGCGGGGAGCGGCCCUGGGGGGAGCAGCAACAACAGCAGCGGUUCCUUCCUGGGCUCCCUAUUCGGCAGCAAACGCGCCAAACCACCAGGGCCCCUUAUUCCACCGGGGCCACCCUACCCCGCACCUGUACCCCCACCGACUACGGGAGGGCCCCCUCCUCACUCCCCUUCAUCGCUGUGCCAGCUGGACGGGGGACCCUCCAAGAUCCAGGCGCUGCACGCACAGUACUGUCACGUGGCCACCGUGCAGCCGCCACCACCUUACUACCAUCACCAUCGCUACCACGUCCAAACUGCCCCCCCUCCUUUGCAAGGAGUGCCCCCUCAUACUAUACAGAGAGGCCCACUACCCUGUCGUCCACCCCUUGGCCCCCCACUCGCCCAGCACCCGCAGCUGGCCCAUCUCUCCCAGCUAUCCCAGCAUGGGCUUCCGGGUCGUUACGCCAACAUGGUGGUGGGAUGUCCCCCCCCCCUUUCUCCUCUCUCCCAACAUUCCCAGAACCCACAGUUCGCCCUGUACCACGCGCAGCCUACACACUCUAUCAGAGGGGGCGCCGUCCCUGGUACCAAACUUCCGCUAACCCUGUCUCACUCCCACCCCCACCCCCACGCACACUCCCAAACCCACCCCGGACACGUGCACACACCACACCCAGCCAGCCACUCCACCCACCAAACACACUUCAUAUUCGGCACUCUACCCCACAACCUUCCAUCCGCCUCCGUCAAUGCGCAUCACGCAGCGUCCGUCGCCCCGUAUCUGCCCCAGUACCCUCCUCUCUCUUCCAUCCCCCCUCCCCCACCACACUCCCCUUUACCCCCCCCUUCGUCCCCCCUUACCCCUCUUACACCUCUCUCCCCUCUCCCCCCCCAGCACCCCGGGCAGCCUCAGCAGGGGCCGCAGGUGACGGGGGCUGGAGCGACAGGUACAGGGGGCAGCUCCAAAUCCAAGCCUAUCAACCGGAUAAGUACCGUGGUGUGAGCAGGAUGGGGGGCCCGAGGGGUCACAGGUCAGAUUAUAGAGUGGAGGAGGUUGGCAGGACGAGGUCUAGGACCAAGUCUGCCAGGACAGAAAGUAACAGCAGCAGCGCUAGUGACAAGAGGAAACGCAGUUUGCUUC